AUGCCAGGUACGGGAUGUAUGCACUUUGAAGGCAGACACGAAGCUCAGGACAAUUCUACAGAUGAUGUAGACCUCUCCUCGAAGGCGGAACUGGUACUAGAAAGAACUUCUCUAAGAUGCACCUUAUAUACUUUUCUUUUCAAGAGAUGAUAUGAAGCAUCUUCGACUUAUACAUCAUUGCUUUCUCUGCAUGUACCAACAUCAAGACUUUUAUGCCAUCUAACUGCAGCCUUUUUCCACCUUCAAUCCUAGGCUAGACUACAUGUACAUGCUUACUCUAUUCUGCUUCAGUGAAUAGUCUUAUACUCUAUUUUUCUGAUGAAAGCCUCCACAAUAUUUCAGGGCUCUUCUGAGGAAAUGAGUGAGGACCUAGGUAGAGGAAGCGAAGCUGGGGACAGUAGAGCUGAGGCUGAGGAAGAAGAGGAUCUAAUUCCUAACGGCAUUUAUGGUGUAAUAUUUUUUGGUAAACUAUACGGUAGGUACAAUCAUCAUCAUCAUCAUCAUACGCUAGUAUAGGUACUGCAUACAAUCAUCAUCAUCAUCAUCAUCAUCAUCAUCAUCAUACGUAGGUAAAGUCCAGGAACUGUCAUGAGGAAAUCAAUAACCUCUUUUCUAGCACACCGCUCCCGGUGUACGUAGAUGUAGAUUUUUUUUCCUAGAAUCUCACUCGUAUCUCCGAGAGCAGCAUUAUCGCAGUCCUAGCUAGAACCAACAUUUAAGCAUUCGUUCUCGUUCCUCUAAUGUCUGGACGGCGCAGGACGACGUGUGAAGUGGUUACGUGAUCAGAUAAGCUGGAGCGUGCCUGUUUUAUGCGAGAUUGUGAAAGUAAUCAGAUCGAGGAUAGAAGUAUUAGAAUCCAAGAGCAAGAACGACCAAAAAGAAGCUGUGAAUACUAGUAGUAUUUCCGACUGCGCACAUCGCCUUCGCUUGCUUGAGAAGGAGCGGGAUAUUCUAGUCUGCAACCUUCUUCAGGUUACGGACUAUCUACAGGCCAGAGAGGUCGCUGCAAUUCAAGCCGUUUUGGCGUAGAAGGGGAGCAAAGAGAAGCGAAUAUCUUGUACAAUGGGUCAGUGUGCGGUCUUCUGAUGUUGUAUGACAAUUAUUUCCCCGCUUAUUGCACUGCAUAAUUGGCAUGAUGUCUCAACAUAACCACCCAGGUACUUAUUCUCACACAGUGGUUAAGUUUCUCUUUGUUUUUGAAUUCUUACAUCUACGGAGCAGUAUGUAUGGGCCACCAGUUUUUCUUGUUUAUUUUUGUUCAUGAUCCAAGAGCAUUACAACCACCUCUCUUAAUGAUCCUCUGUUUUGUGAUUCAAUUUGAUUAUUUGUGAAAAUCAGUUGAUGAAGCAUUAUGGUAAGUAGAUGAAAAUGAUAGAAGUACCUCACCACGACAGUGUCUACUUUCUAUAGGCCAUUGAAAGAUGGUGUUUCUUCACACAUUGAAACAUGUUGUCAGAACUAUGUUUAUAAGUUUCCCCAUUCUCUAACCUCCCGCAUCAACCAGUUAGCGAUACUGCAGUGACAUGAUGAUCAUGUUGUCAUCAAGACUCAAUCUGACAUUAUAGGAGACUUUACCCAAACCAAAAUAGACUAAUAACCCUAAUCGCCAUCUCGCAAUGCAUGUUCACGAUGGCAAAUCAUUCUGAAGCCUCUCUUUAAUCGCUGAAUAUGAUCACUGUGUUUGUUUUGGGUUCCACCUUUCCUUCCUAGCCGAACGUCUCCUGCUCAAGCCACGCUUCUAGUACAAUAAGUCCAAUCUUGCUCUUCGAGGACUUCUUGUAGUACUAGGCUUCUUCAGGACGA